AUGUCUUCCACCAUGAGCCGCCGCUGCGUUAGCUGUAACCGGACCCGCUCCGAGCGGUCCUUCUCGCCUAGUCAGUGGGCCGCUGGGGAGGGCAACUCGCGAUGCGCUGCCUGCGUCAACAUCUACGGCUCGCCCUUUCUCUCUGCGCCCGAAGACGCUCACUACAACCAUUCCAGUGGUGGGUCGGUUAGCUAUCGCCAGUUGGAAGCCCCUUUCGCUUCCACCAAGUAUCGUUGGCUUGCGAGGGGGGGCUACACUAGUGGUCCGCGCCGGGGCGAGGUUUGUGUUGUGAAGUGGUUCAAGUCCACAGCCACCAGGUUGGAAGAGGACUACUUCACUUACGACACGAAGGCCGUCGACAAAGCCACCGAAAUCGUGGCUCAUUUUAACCGACUAAGGAUGGUGGAUAAACGCAUCGAGGUUAAUGUCCCUGCUGCGUGGAAAUUCAACGACGGCGAUGACAACUGGGGCGGCCGGAGGGCCCUGUGCGAGCCCUACAUCCCAAAUUAUGAAAAGUUCAACAGCAACACGGGCUGGAAAAACAAUUACUGGGGCGACGGUACCAACCCGUGGCGAUUGAUUAUGCAGGCACUCAGCCACUUCAGCUACCACAUCACCCAAGGGGAAUACCUUCUCUGCGACCUCCAGGGCGGUGUCUACGGGAAUAAGGUCGUCCUUUCUAACCCCGUGAUCCUCUCCCUGACCCGGGAGUAUGGUGUUACCGACCUGGGCGUGAAUGGCAUCAACAACUUCUUCCACCAGCAUAUAUGCAACCAAUACUGCCGCUCCGAAUGGGUCCGGCCUGCCGAGCCGGAGCCCUACUUCAAUCCUUCGCCGGACACGACUAUGGUCAGCCUUGAUCUGCCAGAUGCGGAACCUAAGCCUGCAGGCACUCCCAGCCCAGUGGUUGAAGGGGACGCAUAA